AUGAGCGUGUGUGACGAUACAAGACCCAAAUGUGGUCAAUCACAUCUUGAGAUUCAUGCAUCGUGGGAUUCCAUUUCAAAUUGCAAUACAAAACAAAGUACCUGGAGCUCUGUGCUUGAAAGAAUCGGCGAGUCGGAAUCUAUUUGUUCUGAUGGCUCGCUUGUGAUUGCUGAUAGUGAUUAUAUAAUCGUGCCUUAUCAACAGCCACAAGCUCACCAGCCACAUCACGUGCACCGCAAACAGCAAAUGCCGAAACCAUCCUUUCUUUACGCUAAAACCCCGUGCUCAAUUUACUAG